CCUCCCCCCCCCUCGCCGCGCCCGGCGCCUGUUCCCCUCCCUCCCUCCCGCCGUGAGCUUAUACAGCUCGCGAGUCAACUCCGAAACACAGCGCCGUUACCACGUGGAGAGAGCUCUUUCCCCGGGGAUACUGACGGCGGCGUAGUCUCCGCGCGAUUCUGCUCCAGCGAGGUCGCGACCGCGGGCGUUUUGGGGGCCGAUUUGGCGGACCGAGGGUGCCGCAGGAUGGGAGAUCUGGCGGCGGUUGGGAGAUGGUGAGCGCGAGCGCCAGCCGGAGCGGCUCGGGACGCGUCGCGCAGAGGGGCGGCGGCGCCGUGCCCGGGAGCCCGCGGGUCUCCGCGGCGGCGGCGGCGCAGCGCAGGUGGUGGGCGCCCUCGGGCCCGUCGCUGGAGCGAGUCGCCCUCGCGCUGUUCCUGGCCUCCGUGGCGCUCGCGCUCUCCUGCGCGCUCUACCUCUACGUGUUCCGGUACCUGGGACGGGGGCAGGCGGUCGCCGGGUUCGUCGGGGAGGACCUCGAGGCCUGCGACGUGUUCGACGGCGGCUGGGUCCCCGACGCGAGCUACCCGCUCUACAACAGCUCCGAGUGCCCGUUCGCGGAGAAGGGGUUCAACUGCCUGGCCAACGGGAGGGAGGACACCGGCUACCUGAAAUGGCGGUGGAAGCCGCGGCACUGCGACGUGCCCAGGUUCACCGCGCGCGCCGCGCUGGAGCAGCUGCGGGGGAAGCGGGUCGUGUUCGUGGGGGAUUCCAUGAGCCGCACUCAGUGGGAAUCCUUCAUCUGUAUGCUCAUGACCGGGGUGGAUGAUCCCAAGACAGUCUACGAGGUGAACGGGAACGAGAUCAGCAAGACCAUACGGUUUCUUGGGGUGAGGUUUGCAUCGUUCGACCUGACCGUGGAGUUCUUCCGGUCUGUGUUCCUUGUCCAGCAGCGCCCUGCUCCUAGGCACGCACCAAAGAGGGUCAAAUCGACUUUGAGGCUGGACAAGAUGGAUAAUAUUAGUCGGAAAUGGGUGAAUGCUGAUGUUCUAAUUUUCAACACUGGGCAUUGGUGGACUCCCACCAAAUUGUUUAAUACGGGUUGCUAUUUUCAGGCGGGCCGUGCUCUUAAACUAGGUACAACCAUUGAUGCUGCUUUCAGGAUGGCACUACAGACUUGGGCUUCCUGGGUGGAAAAAAGAGUUGAUUUAAAUCGAACACAUGUGUUCUUUCGCACAUAUGAACCGUCUCAUUGGAGUGACUUAAACCAAACGAUAUGCGAAGUGACAGAAAAGCCUUCAUCUGAGGCCAAAGGAAACGAUAAGAGUGAACUUGGCGAUAUACUUGCUGAUGUUGUGUCGAGCAUGAAUGCUCCUGUUACUGUUCUCAAUGUUACUUUGAUGGGAGCGUUCAGAACUGAUGCUCAUGUUGGCGCUUGGAGUUAUCCUCCCACCAUACUUGAUUGCAGCCACUGGUGUCUCCCUGGAGUUCCUGAUGCUUGGAAUGAACUAGUAUUUUCGUACCUUUCGACAAAUGGUUGGCGAAAGACUGCGGGGUGACUGUUGACCAUAUACUCAUUUUUCUUGUUCCUUUUGCACCUUGAGUACAUUUCCAUCUUCUGUUCUAUCAGGUAGAAGAGCAAUAGAUGCCACCGAAAUAGCUGAAUCUCAUAGGUGGUUAACUGGGCCUUUGCAUUCUUUUCUCUCUUAUACAAGGUGAUGCAUUCGUUCUGAGGUGUAGAUUUUGUAUCAUUCUUCUUCAGGUUGUCGAUGGAAAGAGAGCAUCGCAUUUUGUAAGCCUGUAUGCUUCUUACAAUUCAUUUUAUACGUUGUCAAAAUCUUGUAUGUAGUGACAAUUCACUUCACACGAUGUAAAAAGUAAACGUUGCUGCGUGAUAAAGACGUUCCCAUUGGUAUACUAUACUGCCUACAUA